AGAAUGGAUGGUCAUGGUGAAAUUGGGCUGAUUGGUGAAAACUUUGAUCCUGGUUUCAUUGGAAGGAUGAGAGAAGAUGGAUAUGAUGAGAGUAGGUCCGGCAGUGAUAAUUUUGAAGUUGCUUCCGGUGACGAUCAGGAUGUCGCCGCCGAUGGUGGACCAAGGAAGAAGAAGAAGUAUCACCGGCACACCCCACGGCAAAUACAAGAGCUUGAAUCUUUCUUCAAGGAGUGCCCUCAUCCUGAUGAAAAACAAAGAAUGGAGCUUAGUAGGAGGCUAGGUUUAGAGGGCAAUCAAAUAAAAUUUUGGUUUCAAAACAGGAGAACCCAGAUGAAGACUCAAUUGGAACGCCAUGAGAAUGUAAUUCUUAGAGAAGAGAACGAUAAACUCCGUGCCGAGAACGACUUGUUGAAGCAGGCCAUGACUGCCCCUGUAUGCAACAGUUGUGGUGGUCCUGCAGUGCCUGGUGAAAUAUCUUUCGAACAACACCAGCUUAGGAUCGAGAAUGCUCGAUUGAAAGAUGAACUCGGCCGGAUAUGUGCUUUAACAAACAGGUUCUUAGGCAGGCCUCUCUCGUCAUUGGGCAGUCCUAUUCCUUCUCAGGGAUUGAAUUCGAAUUUGGAGCUUGCAGUUGGAAGGAAUGAUUUUGGUGGCCUGAACAAUGCAGGCGCUACAAUGCUAAUGGGAUUCGACUUCGGUGAUGUCUCUAUGAUGCCCUUCAUGAAACCGGUUGUCAAUGAAAUGCAAUAUGACAAGUCGGCUUUUGUUGAUCUUGCUUUGUCGGCUAUGGAUGAAUUAAUUAAGAUGGCACAGAUAGAUAAUCCUCUUUGGAUAAAUGGCUUGGAUGGUGGGAUGGAAUCCUUGAACAUUGAGGAGUACAGGAGGACUUUCUCCUCGAGCAUUGGUAUGAAACCGAGCAGCUAUGCAACUGAGGCUACACGGGCGACCGGACUGGUUUACCUCCACGGCUUGGCUCUUGUAGAGGCACUGAUGGAUUCGAACCGUUGGGUGGAAAUGUUUCCGUGCAUGAUUUCUAGAGCAGCAACCAUCGAUAUGGUGUCCAGCGGUUCGGGUGGAACCAGGGACAACGAGUUACUAGUGAUUGAUGCUGAAUUUCAAGUGCUUUCACCGUUGGUUCCUGUCCGUCAAGUGAGAUUCAUCCGGUUUUGUAAGCAGCAUUCGGAGGGCAUAUGGGCUGUGGUCGAUGUUUCGAUUGAUGCCAGCCAAGGUGCUGCAAAUACACAAAUGUUCCCAAACUGCAGGAGGUUUCCCUCUGGCUGCCUUAUCCAAGACGUCGAUAAUAAGUGUUCCAAGGUUACAUGGGUCGAACACUCGAAGUAUGAUGAAAGUGCCGUUCACCAUCUCCUGCAGCCGGUAAUCAGUUCUGGUUUUGGGUUUGGUGCACACAGGUGGCUUGCCACUCUCCAGAGGCAGUGUGACUGCAUGGCGGUACUGAUGUCCCAAGAUGUCCCCGGUGAAAAUAAUUCAGGAAUAACUCCGGCUGGGAAGAAAAGCUUGCUAAAGCUUGCGCAGCGCAUGACGAAUAACUUCUGUGCCGGAGUUUGUGCUUCAAGCGUUCGUGAAUGGGACAAGCUUAGUGUCGGUAAUGUUGGUGAAGAUGUAAGGGUGAUGACACGGAAGAAUAUAAAUGAUCCCGGUGAGCCUCAUGGUGUUGUGCUGAGUGCUUCUACUUCUGUUUGGAUGCCGAUAACACAAGAACGGCUGUUUGAUUUCUUGCGGGACGAACGAAUGCGGAGUGAAUGGGACAUUUUGUCGCAUGGCGGGCCAAUACAAGAGAUGGUCCGUGUUGCCAAGGGCAUGGAACGUGGUAACUGUGUCUCUCUCCUUCGCGGCACGGCCGCUAAUGCAAACAAGAACAGCAUGCUAAUUUUACAAGAAACAUGGAGUGAUGCCUGCGGAGCAUUCGUAGUUUACGCACCCGUGGACAUAUCGUCGAUGAGUGCAGCGAUGAAUGGCGGCGAUUCGGCGUACGUUGCACUCUUACCAUCAGGAUUUGCAAUUCUUCCUUCCAUGUCGCCUAGUUAUCACGGUGGACAAAGCGACUCAAACGGACCUUCGGUGAAACCCGAGAUUGAUGGGAGUACAAGUGGUGGAUGCCUGCUUACGGUAGGAUUUCAGAUUCUGGUGAACAACGUUCCCACCGCGAAAUUGACAAUGGAAUCGGUGGAAACCGUCAACAAUCUGAUCGCCUGCACGAUUCAAAAGAUCAAAGCUUCGCUUACCGUAACAUAGGCGGAGCAACAACGUAAGGUAAUUGCAUAUAAUUUUAUGCUUUUGUGAAAGAGAGAAACAGUAAUAGAGAUAUGGAGAUGAGUUGGGUUAUAAGUCAAGAACGAACCGCCGGCGCCGGAGGCCAUGGAUGUUGCAGGAGGGGAUUGUGGUUCGGGCAUUGACUUGGUUGACCUGUGAGACGGUCUUUUUGCAUUUUGGUAGCAUGCUGUGUGAUUUUGAAAAUAAUAAAUAUAUAGAAAAUUAGUAUAAUAUCA